AUGAGCGCUGCAGUGGCCGCCGAGAGCAGAGUGUUUGAGCACAAGACCGUGGCCGGAGGCAAAGACAUUCGAGUGGCCUGCGCAACGUGUACGUUUCUAAACGCGGCCGACGCGACUUGUUGCGGUGUGUGCGGGUCCGAGACAAAAGCUCCGACGCAUGAGGUCCAGGCAGACGGGAGUUGGCACUGUGGAAGCUGUGAGACAGUGAACCGACGAGCAGCUAAAGAGUGCGCACACUGCCGUCUCCCAUUGUAUUCACUGGUGACCAGAGCUGCACCGGCUCAGAUAUUCUGCUCACGCUGUGGGUUUCUCAAUGACGGAGACAACUCGACGUGUGUGCAGUGUGACUACACCAUCCGCACCAAGCUGGACAAGAUUAGCUCGGGAUUGAGUGACAGUACGAACUUUCUUGCACGAGAUAUGGGCAUGAACAUUCACGUCAAGUGUCCAGGAUGUCACAUUGUGUGCUACGUACCACCCGCAACGGCGUGUCUGCGUUGUGGAUCGUGCCACACCUACUUUGCCUCUCCUUCCGUCGGUGUGGUGACGAAUUUUCACAUGAGUCGGCUGGCGUCUUCUAUAUCGAGCUCGUUCAUGGGACUCUUUGGCAAAAAGCGCACUGAACAGGAGGAGGAUGACAUUGCACGUGAUCAGGUGGAAGCCCGAGAGGUGCCUGUUGGUCGUCUGAUUGCUGUCGGGCAAAGCGCUAGCACAUCCUCACAUGAUCUCGUGCAUGCUACGAAUGACAAGAGUGAGCCUCCUACGAGCCAUCGCGAGAAUGAGGUAUUGGAGGAUGAAGUGGGGGAAAAGCGUGACGCAGCUCAAGCCGAGGAGAGUUCGGAUGUGCAAGACGGAAAGCCUCCGGUUUGCGAAAAGUCGGUGAAGGUGGACAUGAAGAGCCCGGAAGCACUGGACACAAAGAGCCGGGAAGCACUGGAUACUAUCGACUGUGCUGGAGACUGUGCUGGGUCACAGAAAGUGGUGGCCAAACCCAAACAGAGUUUGGUUAGGUCAGAUGACCUUAGCUCUGGGGAUAAGCCGCCUAUGCUGGCGCGAUCGCUGCCACUCCGUGCAGCGCUUUUGCCACCUCGACAAGAACUGGUACUGGUGGAGGGUGAUAUUGUGGAGCUAUAG